GCGAGGUUUUCCUUUUCUCCACAUCAUCCCCGCGCAAGGUUAACGUCCUUGUCGCCAGGGCUUUCAAACUUUCGCUUGUUUUCAUGCACGGUCAAUGAAGACCAGCUGCAUCGGUGGGUUUACUCGCUACCACAGCACUACACUCAUCUCAGUGCGCCUGUUUGUGCAAGGGACCUUUUUUCUUCAACGAAUGACAACCAUGUUGAGUGCAGCAGACGACAGCUUGGUGCGUGCGCAUUCGGGACACAGCAAAGGCACAAGGGCAGGCGAGACAGUACUUUCGGAGUAAUAUAUUUCGACAGCCGACGUUUUCAAGCUUGUUUUGCAGGAUUUCGGAGAGUCUGGGGUGUGUGUGUAUAUGAUGAUUCGGGACUUCCUUGGGUUCAUCGAAGUACAGACGUGUGUGUGUUUGAGUGCUUCGUGUACCGACCGGAGGGCGAAAUGAACUCGGGUUCAGAGUGAGUUCUAAAGAUAGCAGUGAUAACCCAUCUCGACCCUUCGUCUACCGAGAAAUACACGUUUUUCGUCUUUUCGUGGCUUGCCAAAACAAGAACAAGAAAAGUUCCAACAUUAAAGGGGCAUAGAACGAUACACUUAAAUAAGAGCUGUGCGUAUGUGGCAUGCUCCACAACCUACAAUAGCGCCCAGGCCAUUCGCUAUUGUUGACCACAGCGCUGAUGUGUGUGUGAGGGUGGACAGUACACACACACUGGAAUGAUACGGCUUUGUAGAUAAAGGAAUCGUGUUAUAGUGUUCCAAAGAAUACCUUUUGCUGACUGCUGGCCUGAACUUUCGAGCGACGCAGGUCCAGUCAUUUCGUCUCUGCGAAGCAUUGUCCGAUGAAGACCUGCCCUGUCAGGAUUCCAGUAGCUGUGUCCGUUUUGGAACUGAGAGAGUGCAUGUGGGGUACGCCUGGAGAAUAAAUAACCUCGUUAUAACAUCAGAUGCAGCACAAUGUUCAGCUGCUGUUCUCCUCGAAAAAAGAAGAAAAAGUCCAAGAAAGGGAAAUACGAAGAACCUUUAUUGAAGGAAAGAGUUUCAGAACAGUCGCCAGAAAAGAGACAUGAUGAUCAGAUCUCUGAUGUGGUCGUCCCAGGCCAGGAAGAUAUAUCAGCCCGAGAAGCUUUGCUGCUUUGGUCACGCCGCACAACAGAGGGCUAUCCAGGCGUAAAAAUCAAAGACUUUUCUUCUUCCUGGCGUGAUGGCAAAGCAUUCCUUUCUAUCAUCCAUAGAAAUAGGCCAGACCUUAUUGACUUCCGGCAAGCCCGCAGCAAUAGCAACAAACAGAACCUGGAACUGGCCUUCACUGUGGCAGAGAAAGAGUUUGGUGUCACAAGACUUCUUGAUCCAGAAGAUGUGGACGUUCCCAACCCUGAUGAGAAGUCCAUUCUUACUUAUGUCUCCUCUUUGUAUGAUGUUUUUCCCCAAGUGCCUAGUGUAGAACAGUCUCUAAGAGACAAUGAGCGACAGUUAAAGGUUGAGGAAUAUCGCGACCUGGCCUCUUCCUUGCUGAGAUGGCUUUCUGAUGUAACUGUUUUCAUGCAGAAUCGCACCUUCCCUGCCACCAAAAUGGAAAUGAAGGCACUACUGACAGAGUUUAACAAAUUCCGUUCAGAGGAUGUUCCUGUCAGGCUGGAAUCCAAAAGAAAGCUGAUGAGACUCUAUGAUGAAAUACAGUCCUUGACAUCUGACAUGUCACAGUUGGGUAUCUCAGAAGACAUUUCUCCCCCAAAUCUGGAACGUUUCUGGAACCGAUUCAUGCAAGCACAGCAAGAAAGGGACAUGGCACUUCAAGCUGAAAUAGUCAGGUUGGAACGACUAGCACGUAUGGCAGAAAAAAUUCAGAGGGAGAGUAAGCAAGCAGGUGAGAGCUUGCAUGACCUUGAAAGGCAGAUUCAGGAGGCAGAAGUAAGAGGCGACAAGCAGCACCCCUAUGAGGCCAAACACAACUGUGAUGCUAUGGACCGUGCAUUGCAUACCAUAGAGGAGAACUUGAGGGCCAUGUUCCGUGAUGUUCAAACUCUUCAGGAUAACCAUUUCCCCCAGUCUCAGCAGCUGUAUACCAGAAUAUCAGAACUGCAGUCCAGAGUGUCAUCUUUGCGAACAAGACUGUACAGUGGAGUGGUUCAGCCUUUGCUGUCCCGAGCAUAUGUUGAGGAGGGUCGCACAGUAACAAGACGCACAGAAAUAAUGACAGAAGUCAGGCUGGUUGACACAAAUCCUGCCUUCAGGCAUGUACAAGAUUGUCUUGACUGGAUUGAAGCACAGCAGCAAAUGAUAGUAGGCCAGGACUACAGCAGUGACCUACAACAGGUACAGGAACAACUCCGCACCCACCGCAAGACCCACCAAGAGGUCACCACAUUCCGUGCUCAGAUUGACAGAUGCAUUUCGGACAGAAAAAGUCUUUCAGCUGAGGAACAAAAGCUGUAUACACAAAAACUCUCCAGUGUUGAAGUAGCUUAUUCCCUUUUAUUGAAUACAUCCAGUCGACGUCUGAAGUUCCUGGAGUCACUGAGUGAAUUUCUCCAGGGGGCAACUGCAGAACUGACAUGGCUGGCAGAGCGUGAAGAGGUGGAGGUGACACGUGAUUGGGUCAGCAAAGACCUGAACCUCGCUGAUUUGGAUGACCAUCAUAAGAACUUGAUACGCCAAGUUGAAGCUCGGGAGCGACAUUUCAAUGCUGUUCAAGAGAAAGGUGGGGCCAUGAUCCUAGACAGGCAUCCAGCAGCCAGUAUGGUGGAGGUUCUCAUGGCAAGUCUGCAGGCUCGUUGGUCCUGGCUUUUGCAGCUCGUAACUUGUCUUGAUGCUCAUCUCAAGCACACCAUUGCUCACAACCAGUUUUUCGAAGAAGCUCGCCACUGUGAACAGUGGAUGGCAAGGCACACAGAGCUGCUUCAGAAUCGAUUUGCCCGUGACAACAUUCCAAUGGAGCAGGCUGAACUGCUUAUUCGUGAACUCCAGGAGCUGCAGGAGCAACUUCGAGAGUAUGAGCGACGAAUUGCAAGUCUUACCAUGUCGGCUCCCAGCAUCAUUCCUCUGUCUCUUCGUGCACAGCCAGUUCGUUCACCCCUGCGACUCCGAACACUGUGCUCUUGUCAUCUACCUGAGGUAAAUCUUCAAAGGGGAGAGGAAUGCUUCCUUAUUAGCAACAGCCAACUGGUCAAGUGGCGGAUCAAAACAUUGAAAGGAAUUGAAACUGAGUGCCCAUCAGUAUGUCUAUUGAUUCCACCUCCAAAUCAAGAUGCUAUCGACUAUGCAAACAGACUGAAGCGUCAGCAUGAUCACCUUUCAAACUUAUGGAAAAGUCAGCACCGCAAGCUGCGCUUCAGCACAAUUUUUGCAACCAUUGAGCAGAUUAAAGCCUGGGAUAUCAAAAAGUUUCUAGCCAUGGAUCCUUCACAACGAGAGAAUGUGUGGCGAGCGCUGAAGGAAGAUGGUGACAAGCUUAUUGCUGAAAGCAGCAAUUUACAGGAUCGCGAUUCUCGCCACCUGCAAGAAGCAAUGACUGAGUGUCAACAUAUUUUCCAGAAACUGUCUACUGAAGCAGCUGCUAAAGAAGGAAAGCGGAGUAUGACAGCAGCACAGACAAUGUUGCAGCAGCUGGAGACGGCAAAUCGUGAACUGACAAUCUGCGAUCAACAGAUCUCUGCCCUAGUGCACAAACCUUUGCCACAGAACAACUUGGGGGUGCAAGAUGCAUUUCGCAAAUAUAGGGAAUUCCAAGGUCGCUUUGAAACACAAGAAAAAGAGAUUGUGGUUCUUGAGAAAGGGUGCCAGAAACUCCACCCUCCAUCCACCCAGGUGGAGUCCAAAUUGAAACUGGUUAUCCAUAGGUCUCAGCAGAUACGUGCCAUCUCUCACAUAUACCUGGACAGAUUGAAGAGUUGUGAGGUGGUUGUUUCUGGCCUCGAUGAUGUGAAACAGAUGAUACAUGAUUACCAGCAUACUCUGGCUUCCCAAGAUAAUGCCACCUCAGAUCUAAGCUCUCUUAAACUGGCUCACACAGAACUCACAGAUGUGCAGACAUCCAUGAAGCAGCAGCAACCUCGAAUUGAACAUCUGAAAAGUGAUGUCAGCAGUCUGCGAGUUCUGGUGGAGAAAAGCCGAUCUGGUGUCACUAGUCAUCAUGAUCUGGACGCUGUGGAGAGAGAGGUGAUCAACCUAGCCAGUCAGUGGGCUACAGUCAGCUCCCAAGCUGCAGAGAGGCUGCAGAUGGUCAGAUCCAUUCAGGACUUGUUGUCCAUGUAUGAACAUGGUCUGGGGGCAGAAGAGCAGUGGCUAGAGCAGAUACAGAAGACUGUAGCCAGUCAACCACCGCUGACCGGUGAUGUGGUGGAUGCCAAGAAUCAGCUACAGACAACCAUGGCCAUCUACAACAGACUUGUGGAGCGGAAGCAUCAAAUAGAAGCUGUCAAUCGCCUGGGAGGGCAGUACAUCCGAGAGGCCAAGAUAUUUGAAAAGAAACAAACAAAAUACCGGCAAAGUGUGGAGUCUGCAGAUUCAAGCCCUGUUAUCUCAAAGAAACGCUCAAAGCAGAUAGAUGGAGCUGAAGUAGUGAAAAAUGAGUUGGACUCCCUUAAUCAAAGAUACAUGGAGAUGGUCUCUUGGACAGAUGCUCGCCUCAAACAAAUCAAUACAUCCCUGCUGCAAGCAGAUAUUGAUGUACAGAUUGGGGUUGAUGAGGACGUUCCACUUCUACGUACAUUCCGAGCAGAAUUGACCAAGCGUUCAUCCAUGUUAGUGGAUGAAGAUAUGCAAGAAUUCUUCAUGCACCUUCAUGAAUUUGAAGGCUAUGGCAGCCAGCCCUCUAACUACUUUGGGGUGCCUGGACAGACAUACAUUAGUCAGGUUACCAUUCGGCCCGAAACUACGGCUUCUGCAGAACUGUCUUUACCAGAACAGACAUUCCGCGUCAGCUUGUUAGGGUCAAACCAAGCACAAAAGCAGAAGGCUACAUCAGGCUCCCAUGCACUCACACAGUUGUCAGCAUCGCUGAAGGCUUUGCAAGAGUCUGCAAUUUCAAUAACCCCACAGUCGGUGGGAGCCACAACAGCCAGCAGUAGCUAUCAACAGACUAUGAUAACAAUCUCACCUACUACUGUUUCUCCUCGGGGUCAAGUGCUACAUGUCACAGCAGUGCUAAACCCAGUGACUUCUCAAAAGGUCACAUUGGUGGAAGCCCUACAUUCAGGUCUGAUUGACCCCCAGACUCAGAGUUACUGUGACCCAAGGUCAGGAAAGAAACUGGCACUGGCUCAGGCAGCCAAGCAAGGUUUUAUCGAUGAAGUUCUUCACCGACAGCUGACAUCACCCUCUGGUCUUCAUGAUCCAGUGAGUGGCCAGGAAAUGUCCCUGAUUGAAGCCAUUCAGCAAAAGUUAUACAUCCCCGAGACGAACAUGAUCAAGGACAGUGUGGCUGGUGAAAUUGUGCCUGUGAUGGAAGCACUAGCACGGGGCAUCAUUUCAGAGUCCUGCUCGCGAGUUCUUAUUGGGGAGGCAGUGAAUCUGACCUCAAUUACUCACACCCAGGCUCAUUUUGCUAAGAAUGAACCCCUCAACGUAGAGGUGUCAUUAAGUCUAGCCCAGGCUGUUGAGGAAGGACUAUACAAUGCCAAGACAGGCCAUCUUCAGGACCCAGUUUCCUGCAGAGACAUGACACUUCUGAGUGCCUUUGAACGAGGCUUCAUCAACCCUGCUUAUCAUGAAGUUCAAGACCCAACAACAGGACACUUUAUUACUCUUCUGGAGGCUGUAACUAAUCGGAUUGUAGAUCCAGAGAGGGGUGUUUUCAUCAGUGGCGCCUCCCAGCACCAGCUGCCUCUUGAUGAAGCUACAACACGAGGAUUUAUUCGGAAGCCUACCUCUCUCUCUGAUAUUGUAGACAGUGGCAGUCUGGCAGAAAAUGGCUUGGUCUAUGACACUUCUACUGGCCAGAUGAUUACAUUCCAAAAUGCUGUGGAUUCUGGUAUUCUAGAUGGAGACAAAAAGUGCAUUUUAGAUCCAUCUACCAGUGAAGCAUUGUCCAUCUCAGAAGCAAUCAAGAAAGGUCUUUUAACACCGCAGGGCAGUGUUAGAGUACCAAACUCCAACAAGGUACUCCCUGUGUUUGAAGCUCUGCAAAAAGGUGCAAUUAAGCUUGUGAAAGAGGAUAUUUCUUUUUCCAAAACUUCUGUCAAAGACAUGAAAUCUGACAAAAUGAUAACAAUAUCAGAGGCUCUGAAAAGUGGUGUCAUUACACCUGCUGGCAGGUUUUUAGAUAAGAAAACUGGAAGGGAGAUGAGCCUUCAGCAGGCUGUUGAAAAGGGGUUGAUAGAGAGGUCAGCAGCCCACGAACUGACCCGAACCACCAGUCUUUGUGAUGCCACUGGAAAGAACCUGUCCUUUUUGGAAGCAGUGCAGAAAGGACUGAUUGAUUCUGAGAAGGGUCUUGUGAAGAACAUUAAGACUGGCAUCAAAGUGACUUUCCAAGAGGCAUCUGCACAAGGUUUGGUGUCUGCUGAUGAUGCUAUAUCUCUCCUUGGCCUCAUUACUCCAGUCAUGACAUCUACAACCAUUUUGACUCAAAUCCAGCCUUCUCAUACAGGUGUUACUGUCACAUCAAUCUCAAUAGCAGAGGCCACCUCAAAGGGGUUGUUGGAUGAAAAGACUGGUUAUUUCCGAGACCCUGCCACUGGUAGAACCAUGCUGGUGGAGGAUGCUAUUCAGAAAGGUCUCCUUCGUCUGUCUUCAGAAUGGCCCACUCCAUCAGUUUUGCCAUUAGAAGUUAAUGAAACAGAUACGACACAAUCAGAUCAGAUAUCACAUUAUAUUUCUGAAACCUUUGUGACAGACAUGUCUGGGGGCAUUAAGAAGACUAUUCCGAUUGAACCUGGCUCAAAGAAGUUUGAAUCUGGCUACAUGACAAAAACAGACACUCACUUCGCCUUCACUACAACCACUUUGUCCAAACCAUUACAGAGCCUUUCUGUGAUAAGUGAAAAACGACAGGUCACGCUGCAGUCUGUGAUUGAUCCCAGAAGUGGCCAAGAACUGGAUGUCGAGGAAGCUUCUAGAAAAGGUUUAAUUGACCUUAGCAAAGGUUUGUACUGCAUUGCUGAAACAGGAGAGAGAAUACCACUGAAUGUUGCAAUUGAAAAGGGUUUUGUGAAGGCUGAGAAGACCAGCAAAGAUAUAAGUAGUGAGGAAAAGUUUCAAACCAUCAAGGAAACAAGAGCUUUCUCGAUCACUGGAAUUGUCCACCCAAAAAGUGGUGCAAGGUUGACAGUCAGCCAGGCCAUCCAGAACGGCAUCCUUGACCAGGAGAAAGGUGUGUAUUAUGGUCUGGAUGAGAUGGACAGGUAUACACCGAUGCCCAUCAGUGAAGCUAUAGGGAGGGGGCUUGUGAUAGCUGAGGAUAUUGGAACUUCAGUUGAAGGACCAUCCUCGUAUGUGCGAGAGACCAAAACAUUUAUAUUGAAGUCAGUUACACACCCUAUCACAAAGAAACAGCUGACCCUCCCAGAGGCCAUCACAGCAGGGGUCAUCAAGGAAUCUGAAGGCCUUUAUAUUAACCCCAUCACUGGUUCAAAAAUGCCAAUUCAUGAAGCUAUUGAGAAGGGUCUGAUUCUAGCAGAACUUACAUCAGUCUCUGCAGAAACUGAUGUGGACAUCAACAAGGUCACCACUACUAAACUGACAACAUUGUCAGUGACCGCUGUCAUUGACCCAAGGAAUGGCAAGAUCCUUCCAGUCUCCAAGGCCAUAGCUGAAGGAAUACUAGAUGAGGCAAAGGGUCUGUACGUCAACCCACAGACUGGAGAGACUAUAGCUCUGAAUGAUGCAAUUGACAAGAGAUUGAUUUUGGCAGAGUCUGUAGAAGCAAGAUCAGAUGAUGCCUUAGAUAAGGCAGAAAUCUCCAGCAUUCAUCUUGCUGAAGAGCAGGAGUCAUUUGAAGCCACUCUUUUGGAAGACAUCAGCACAGAGACUGUGACUCUUAGUAUUAACAGUGUUGUUGACCCCCACACUGGGAACACAGUGUCUUACGAGGAAGCUGUAGGAUUGGGGAUCCUCAACAUCAAGUCAGGCUCGUAUGUUAACCCUGUGACCAGAGAGACAAUGACCAUCACAUCAGCCAUGGAGAAGGGUUUUAUUCAGGGGGAGGUCACUUCCAAGACCAAGGAAUCAGACAUAAUGAGGAGCUCAGUCACAGCAGAACAUGUGCCAUUUCCUAUAGAUGGCAUCACUUCAGUCAUUGAACCAAACACCAAGAAGGAAAUCUCAUUGACGACAGCUUUGCAGAAAGGCAUCAUAGAUAAAGAACUGGGCAUAUAUAAGGAUAGCAAGACAGGCAGGAGCAUAAACCUCAAAGAUGCCUUGGAACAAGGCCUUGUUCAGCAGUCAAAACACUCAGAUGCUCAACAGCUGGAGAAGUCAAUGGAGGAAGAGGAGGUCCUAGAGGCUCAGAUGUUAACUCCCAGAUCCCCCUAUGAUCCUCAGAAACAGUGGUCUAAAGUUGACAUGGAGGUUGAAAAGACAGUAGCUACUGACCAGCCAGCUCCUUCACUGGUGUCCACUGAAGUCCUGCACUACUCAACAGACGUCGAAGACAAGAUGAGAUCACAACCACAGUCCCAAAAGGAACGUUCGUUGCUGCCUGAGGGACUUUCUUAUGAAGAAGCUAUUUCCCUUGGAAUUGUUAACAGCCAGACAGGCACUGUCAGAGAUCCAUCAUCAGGUAAAGUCAUGUCCCUUGACAAAGCCAUUGCUGCUGGCAUCAUCAGCUUAGACCGGCCAGCUGUAACUGACCUUACUACUCAGAAACCCUUGACCCUCGCAGAAUGCUUAGAUAGGCAUAUAAUUAAUCCAGUCACUGGAAAACUUGACUCUGAAAAAGCAGAAGCUCAGGGCAUCACCAGUAUGAAACAUCUCAAACAAAAUCUUCCAAUGAACCUUCUUGAUGCUGUGGCCAGUGGUUUAUUUGACCCAAAGACGGGGAAGUUUUUGGAACCAGUUUCUGGCCAGCACUAUUCACUACAGAGUGCAGUCAGUAAAAAUGUGAUAGAUGGCUCUCUGGUUACAGUUAGAUCAUCACAAAACAUGGAAAGACUUCCUCUGAAACAGGCUAUGCAUAAAAAUGUGAUUGAUGGAAAGACAGGUGAAGUCUUAGAUAAGUCCACCAACCGAAGGAUUCCAUUACCUCAGGCUAUUGAAGAAAGGCUAGUGGAAAAUGCUUUUGAUUUAGACUCUCAAAGCAUCAUUGACCCACGUAGUGGUCAGUCAGUUGCAUUGGACCAGGCCAUUUCAAAAGGCACACUGCGAUCAGAAAAUUUGACUGUACUGGACACAAGGACAGGAGAGCAUGUUUCUAUGGAUGUUGCUUAUCGUCGAGGUCUUGUGGACAGAAGUGGCAAUGUCCAGGACAAAAUGACUGGCCAAAAGACUUCUGCCCAAGAUGCACUGAAAAUGGGACUUCUUGCAGUGAUAGGUGCCCCAUUGGUGGCUGGUAAAGUGGUGGUGGAAGCCUUGCAGACCCACACUGACAAGCAUGGGGAAGAACUUUCUGGAACCAGAAAGGUGCAGCCAGUGAGUUCCAGAGUGACGGUAGAGGUUUCUUUAACGGAAGAAUCUACUCAGCCAGACAAACCAUUGACAACUAUUGUGUAUGCAGGACCUGGAGAUCAGAUCCGACCAGCAGCACCAAAGGUAAUGAUUGAGUCGAGCAGGGACGUCACACAAGAUGAAGGCAGUGUCACACAGAUUAGAAGCGAAGUUACACAAAUUAGAAAGGAAGUCACACAAAGUGGAAGCAAUGUUAAACAAAUCAGAAAUGUUGCGCAGCUUGAAAGCGCUAUCACUGAUAAACAGGGCAUGCCGGUGGUGAGAGAAGUAGUGGUUAAAUCAACAGAUGCCAUCACAGCCCCUUCAUCCCUGCCAUCAACAGCCAUCAACUCCUUGAAAUCACCAGCUCAGACUGUGCAGCAUACACCUUCAUAUGAUCGGGAUAGUGUGACUUCUGUCAAAACUGUCUCUGAAAAGACUUUUCUCCCCAAUUCUGUUUCUUCCAGCAGAACAGCUGAGAGUAGCCAAGAUGUGGACAUAGACUGGUCUUCCAGCUCUGUGACUGUCAAGUCUACAGGGCAGAAGAUGAGUGUUGCACAGGCAGUCCAGAAAGGGCUUUUAGACUCUGAUAUGGUCGAGCAGUUAGCUGUCAGCUCAGUGGGUUUGAAAACAGCUCCAGAGAUAAAGAUUGACUGGGACAAGGGAGAAAUCUCAGAUCUUGCUAUGAGCACGACGUACACCAUCGAUGAAGCUGUAACCAAAGGUCUGAUUGAUGAACCUACAGCCAUGGCUCUGAAAGCUGUAACUGAGGACAGUAGUGCAAGGUCUCCUUCCCAGAAAGGUGAUACAUCUGUAUCCUUCACUUCUAAGAUAACUAAAACUGUCAAAUCUGAGCAAAGAAUUUCUGGACCAGAAGGAAUAACACUCACCGAAAGGACUCCUGAAGCAUCAGUAAGGUUCAUUACAGUGGAGGAAGAAAAGCCAUACACACUGAAUGAUGCAGUCAAAGAUAAUGAGUAUGUACCUGAAACAGGACAGAUUCUUGAUCCCCAUUCUGGCAGACCUUUGACAGUUAUGGAAGCUUUGAACAAGGGAGUGAUUGAUGGGAAGUCCUCCAGCAUUGUGGAUCCAAAGACAGGUCAGAAGAUGGUGCUACAGCAAGCUAUUGAAAGUGGAAUCUUCAACCCUGUGACUGCUGAGCUAAUUCAUUCGGAUACCAAAGAGAAGAUAACUCUUCAGGAAGCCUGUUUUGAAGGUCUGAUUCCUGGAACCACAGACUCUGACCUACAGCCACGCAGUCCUGUUCGGCAGAAGGUGAUCAAGGUCACAGAUGCUAAAAUGACUUUACAAGAUGCUAUACAGCAAGGCCUAGUUGACCAAGAAAGUGGUACUUUUAGUGAUCGCUCAACAGGAGAUAUUAUUUCUCUGGCUGCUGCCAUUGAAUAUGGACUUAUUGCUGAUCCGGAAGCUAUACCUUCUGUCUUGGCAGAACCCAAACCAAGGGUGGCACAAGUCGAACGCACCCACAUUACACUUUCAGAGGAAAGACGUGUACUGAGAGAGAGGGCAAGCAAGCAGACAGAGCCAAGUCACCGACUGUCAUUUGCGGAAGCUUUGGAUAUGGGCUACAUAAACUUAGAACAACAGCAAUAUGUUGACCCUAAUUCUGGAAAGCGCAUGGCCAUCCUUGAUGCUGUGAGAAAUCAGAUUCUCGAUACAUCCACACCUUUAGAGAACCAGCAUACAGAGGGUAUGAGUAUCACAGCUGCUAUUGAGGAGGGUCUGUUUGAUGAACAGCAUGGCACCUUCCAAGAUCCAGGAACAGGGCAGAAGUUGACAUUCGAUGAAGCAAUCAGGACAGGUAGUCUCAGUGGAAAGUUCACAGUGUAUGAAGUAAAGACGGGAGAGAUCUUCAACUUGGAGGAGGGCCUGGAUGAAGGGAAACUUGAUCCCAAGACAGGCAAGUUUGUUGACAAGGAGAGGAACAAGACUAUGACACUUCAAGAAGCAGCAAAACUUGGUGCUCUUGCAAUUAUAGGAGCACCAGUUGCUGGAGCUGUAGCAGCCAAAGACACACUCACAGCCUUCUUUAGCAAAAAAAAACAGAAGGAUGAGAUUGAUCUAGCGCCACCAGGAAUUGUUUUUCAAGCAACAACUGUACAGCAAACUGCACCAAGUGUGUUGGAAGUAACUACAGAGCAGCAGAUGGUUCCAGAAACUGAGCGGCCUGAGGCCAUGAAUUUAAUGGAGGCAGUGUCGAGUGGUUCGCUCAAAACAAAAUCAGGAAUGUUUAGAGAUCCAGUAAAAGGCCAAGAAAUGACACUAAGCGAAGCUGUGCAGCAAGGUUUCAUCCGUGCAGGCUCUGCCACUAUAACUGAUCCCAAGACAGGCCAGAAAAAGAAUCUAAAUGAAGCUUUUGCAGAUGGCACCUUGGGAAAAACUGGGCGUUUGAAAGAUAAGACUGAUAAAGUGAAAAACUUGGACCAACUCAUUAUUGAUGGAACUGUACAGGAGUCAAACUUAAGUUUGCCUUCAGACACUUCUAGCAUUUUCUCUAAGACAACUGAAAAGAUUAAUGUGAGUUCUGUGGUUGACCCAAGAACUGGCCAGAACAUCACCUUACCUAAAGCCAUCCAAGAAAAAAUAGUGGAGCUUUAUGAUGGCACAUAUGUAGAUCCAGCUUCAGGGCAAAAGAUUGCCAUCACAGAGGCUUUAAACAAAGGUCUCAUUCAAGGCACUGUAGUGGACAGAGUCUCGACUAAAGAAGAAAAGACAAAAGCUGGGUUCACUGCUGAUGUUGCUUUUUCAGAAAGAAAAACGCUGAAAGUUCAUUCUGUGAAAGACCCACAGACGGGGUACAGCAUAUCUUUGAAAGAGGCAGUAGACAAGGGCAUAGUAGAUAAAGAAGGUAAGCAUUACACUGAUGUCACAGGACAGAAGAUGAGCAUGGAGACUGCUGUACAGAAACAGCUCAUUAAGGCAACACCAGUCGAGAGCGAGAUGAUCGCUGAAGAGAGAUACUUGAGAUCACAGCAGGACGUCAUUACUCAGACAACAUCCUUUCAAAUCAAGUCUGUUAUUGACCCUGCUACAAACCAGGAGUUAUCAGUCUCUCAAGCUGUUCAGCAAGGCAUACUCAACGUUGCUGCUGGGACCGUUAGUAAUCAGAGGACUGGUGAAAUGUUGUUGAUUGGGGAAGCUCUCAAGCAAGGAUUACUCAGGGGAAGGGAGACAAGUCCAAGCCAAGCAGAGCCUUUCCUUUGUGAAACUGAACAUGCAAGAGACAGUGUGUAUGAUCCUGAAAAAGAGGAGUACAUCAGUUGGAUGCAAGCUGUCAACAAAGGUAUCAUUGAUGUCACUGCUGGCAUGUAUCAUGUGUCACCAUCUGAAAGCAUAUCUGUCUCACAGGGUCAGAAGGAGGGCUUGAUUAAAACACAGGACAUUCAAGACGCUCUCAGACUUGAGGAGAAAAGAAAGUCAUACGACAUUCUGUCAGUGUAUGAUCCCAACAAAGGCAAGGACAUUUCUGUUACUGAAGCAGUUUCGAUAGGCCUUCUAGACCUGCAGAAAGGAACUUACAAUGACCCCUUAACUGGGAAGCCUGUACCAGUACAGGAAGCAUGUCAGAAAGGUGUCAUUAAAGGAUAUUCUGCCCACCCCAUUGCGACCAGGGCUCCAGUAAAGAUUGGAGAGCAUCUUGUAAAGUCUGCAGUUGACACACAAUCUGGAGAACUGAUAGGUGUUGUGGAUGCACUCAGGAGGGGCAUCCUAGAUCAAGGGGAUUGCACUUUCCUGAGUCUCAGCACUGGUCAGACCAUACCUGUGGCUGAAGCAGUCCAGCAAGGAUUAGUCAUUCUUGAGACAGAAGUAGCAGCCCCUGUUGUGACAUCUGUGGUGCAAAAGUCAAUGACCAUCACUGCAGUGGUAGAUCCAGCAAGUGGCGAUGAACUAUCCAUGGCUGAGGCUAUUGGUAGGGGUGUAUUUAAUCCAGAGAAAGGAGUAGUCAUUAACUCACACACAGGGGAACACAUUGAACUUGAUAAAGCUGUAGAUCUUGGUCUUAUCAGUGCUGAAGUAGUAGAAGGUCACAAACCUCAGGAGCUUGUAGUUAUCAAUGGAGUCGUCAUCAUGGAGACAAAAGAUCCUAGGACACAGGAAACAAUAUCCAUACGAGAGGCCAUAGAUCGUGGUUUCCUUGAUGAAAAGAAAGGCCUGUACUUUGAUCCCAUUUCAAACUCUUAUAUUCCUGUCAGAGAGGCUUUGAAACAAGGUCUUAUUGAAGGUAAGGAUGCAGUAGAUGGUGGUGUGUCAGAACAAAAGAAACAAGACGCCAAGCAGAUCAGUGUAAGCAAAGUACGAGACCCAGUUUCAGGAAGAGAAAUUGGCUUUGAAGAAGCUGUGGUGAAAGGCUUAGUUGAUCGCCAUUGCACAAUUUAUACAGAUACUGUUACUAAAGAAAAAAUGAACAUCGAAGAAGCUAUGAAGCAAGGUUUUGUAGCUGGUACCAUUCAAACAAUUACAAAAACCCAGACUACCAUCACCUCUAGAAAGCCGUUGGGCACUUACAACAUAACAGGUGUAAUGGAUACAAAGAGUGGAAAACAAAUUUCUGUGGAGGAAGCGGUUGACAAAGGCAUUCUGCAUCCAGAAGGUAAGCUUGUGGACACUUCAACUGGUCGACCAAUGCCCCUUGCAGAUGCUCUGAAGCUAGGUCUAGUUUACACUGAAAAAGUGGAUAAGGGACCAUUGGGGACUGGAACAACAUUUGUAGCUGACCAGAGAGAUCAGGCCUUGCGUUUCAAAGAUGCAAUGGAGAAAGGCUACAUUGAUUCCUCCACGGGGACUUUUUUAGACCCUGUCAGUGGCCGUCGAUACACUGUUGAUGAGGCUGUAAGAACAGGCUUACUUGUUUCCUCCUCUGGCAAGCCAUUUGAGUACAAAGGACUUGGCAAAGAGGGAUUGACAUACAGUUUUCAGAAUGCUCUUAUGAUGGGGCUGAUAGAACCCAGUAGCUGCUUGUUUGUGGAUAGCAUCUCUGGACGCCAGAUCUCUCUUGAGUCAGCUGUUAGCAAAGGUUACAUUUCUCCUAUUGCUGGCAAGUUUGGAGUGAAGACUAUGGGAGAAUCUGUUGUGAUUUUGAAAGGAGGUGUUUCCUCACCAGCUAUGUCACAGGUGGAAGAGUUCAUGGAUCCAAAGACUGGCGAAAAGCUCUCUAUGGCUGAUGCACAAAAGAGAGGGCUUGUUGAUGUGAAAGGCUCAGAUGAAAGGCUCAGCGUUGGAGAAGCUCUGCAGAGUGGGCUGGUGGAUAAAGACACUGGGCUUUUCCACGACCCAGUGUCAGGAGACAGCAUGUCAUUAGACGAAGCCCUUCUGUGUGGAUUUGUUACAUACGAUGAUACUGCCAAUGGCUAUGAUGAAGAGCAAGUGAAGAAUGUUGAGCACAUCCAAAAAGUUGCACCUGCACCUUUGUCCAUUUCUGAAGCUGUGGUGACAGGUUUGAUUGACACAGAUCAGGGAAAGUACACAGAUCCCAUCAGUGGGAAAUCAGUCUCUGUGGUACAAGCUCUGCAGCAUGGCAUCAUCAAACCCACUCUGUCUGUUGGAGAACCGAUCAUACAGGAUCUAGCCCAAACUGCAUCGCCCAAGCAGUAUGUACGGAUCACAGAGGGCUCACCUUUGGUGCCAAAGAAGGGCGUAAUCAUGAGUGAUGCUGGACAUGUGGUGUCUAGAACAUUUACUGAAGUCACCAUGACAACAGGCAGUGCCACCUACACAAGUAAGCCAGGAUUCUCCAUCAGCUCUACAGGGCAAGUGGUCAACAUGACCACUGGGGAAAAGAUGUCUAUUCCCGAUGCUGUAGCCGCUGGAAUUGUCGAGGCAGAAGUGGAAGAAGGAGCCAGCUCUGUCCAGGUAACAGCCAGUGAGACACCUUCUCCAGACAGAUCUUCAGCUUCUUCACCAUUUGUUAAAUACAAGACAUGCCCUGGAAAGGAAGAACAUAUCCUUGUUUCAAGGAUGACAGGUUUUCAGUAUGCAGUUAAAGAUGAAGUGGAUGCUACUUCACCAGCUCAUGGAAGUGAAACUGUUGAUUUACAAGAUGUGCAGUCUGUCCAGCAUCUUCAUCAAAAUGUGCAUACUAAAUUUAAUCUUGCCAAUGGACAGUGUGAAAAUAAAAAACUUGCUGCUGAUGAUGAUUUGCAGCGUUUCUCACGUAAUUUGCUUGAAUAUUUCUGGGAUGACCAUUUAGAGAAGUUGGUUCAUCCCAGAAAAGGGACCAAGCUAGGUGUACAGGAAGCUUUGGGAGUUUCAUUGAUUCCCAAAAAUAUAAGAGUUCAGCAGUUUCAUAAAGAUGAGCAUGUAGCUUUGACAGAUGCGUUAGCUUCAGGUCAGGUGGACAGGAAGUAUGGGAGGGUUGUCAGCAUGAAGGAUGGCAGCGUUUUAAGUCUCAAGGAAGCCAUUAAGAGAGAUGUAAUCUUUGUUGAAUCUUCUUCCUCCCUUGAUGCUCAUAGUGCAGCUCAGUCAUUGUCUGCUGUUAAGAAGGAAUUAGGUUGUGGGCUGUUUGAGCUGAUUGUGGCUAGAAAAGCUAGUAUGACUGUUAGGAUUAUGGACAGAAGGACUGGGAAAAAAUUCAAACUCCCAGAUGCUAUUGCACAUUCCAUCUUCAAUGCAGACACAGCUCACGUCAAAGACACUGUCUCAGGGAAGUGGUUUUCUUGGGAGGAUGGGCAAAGGGCAGGGGUCAUACAUGAUUCCAGAAAGCUUUCUCUGCAUCAGACACUAACAUCUCCCAUUUUCAAUCAGAAUCUCGAAGGCUUUCUUGAUCCAUCUGGUCUUGUCAGUAACCUGCUGACUCUAGAGGAAAUGCUUCAGCGAAACCUGGUGGAUGUCAGCAAGAAGGAAGUCUUUGAUACAGAAAUAGGAAAGUGGUUGACUAUGGAAGAAGCCAUCAGUGUAGGUGUUAUUGAUCCCAUCCAAAAUAAAUACUUCCACAAGAAGAUCGGCAAAAUCUUACCUUUGCCUGAUGCUCUUGAAGCAGGGCUGAUCUGUGAAGAUCCUGUAGAAGAAACAAGUACUUCAGACAAGUCAGAACAUCAUGUAAAUGGAAUCUCAAGAUCCCAUUCAGGGUCUUCCAUUUCUGAAGUUGAUUUAGAUGCAACAACUGUUUUUCCUUUGCCAGUUUACAAAGCAGUGUGCGAUGGAUUGAUCAAUUCACUUACUGGAGAUGUGAUCAUAUCUGACAAAAAAACCAUUCCUUUCAAACUAGCCUACGAGGAAAAGCUGUUGAAGGCAGAAGACACAUACAUUGUGGAUAGGUGUACUGGUGUUGUGUAUACUUUUAAAGAAGCAGCAAACUGUGGACUGGUGGAAGUCCCGACUGGUUCUGUCUUUGACACAUACACUGGUAAAAAGCUAUUGCUCCCAGAGGCCAGAGAGCAAGGACUUCUCAGAGACACUCCACAGCCACACCUUCCACUUGCAGUGGCAGCUGAGCUGGAGCUGUUUGAUUUUGAUGAACAGAGGAUUCUCCACCCACACUCAAGACAGCCUCUCUCACUGACCCAAGCCAUGACUGAGGGCAUCAUUGAUCCUGCUUCAAAGCUGACAACGCCAUCAGGAGACUUGACCACUCUUCAAGAGGUGAUAAAAGAAGGCCUGUUGAAUCUUGACACACUAACCCUCUCAUUCCCAGAUGGACGAUCAAUGUCUCUGAAAAAAAGUGUUGGUCUUGAAGAAGGCAAACAGCCAAACACUUAUGAGUUUGGUAGAAAGAAAAGUCUAACCCUUGAUGAAGCCAUCAGCUCUGGCUUGUAUGAUCCUGUGUCAAACUCGGUGAGAUCCAGCGAUAGCCUCAUCAGUUUUUCCAAAGCUUUGAAAUCUGGUUUGAUCAACACAGAUUCUUUAGUUAGGGAUCCCUAUAGUGGGGAUAUCCUUUCUCUAAAGGAAGCGUUGGACAAACGUAUCAUUGACUCAGAAUGUGGAAAAAUGAUUGACACCCACGGCAUUCCUGUGGCCUUAAACUUUGCCAUGGAAAAAGGGCUUAUCUUAAAAUCAAAAGCCCCUCUGAAUCUGUCACUUUCAGAGGCUUUGGACGAAGGCUUGUUCAAUGUUUUGUCAAACAGAUUUCUUAAUCCAGAUUCUAACGAAGAGGUUGAUUUUAUAACAGCAGUUGAUCAAGGUAUUCUUGAUACAGAGUUCAUCAGGGUUCGAGACACUCGAUCAGGAAGUAUAGUGACUUUUGAUGCUGCUGUUGAUCAAGGGCUCAUUGAUAUCCACCAAGGGUUCUGCAUAAAUGCAGAAGAUGGUGAAGAAUUCUCCAUUGUGGAUGGAAUGGACAAGGGCAUUAUCAUUGAUACGACUAGCCAACCAGCUGUUACUCUAGAGGAAGCACUGGAAGAAGGGAUUUUAGAGGUGGAGACUUGCACAUUUAAAGAUCCAUAUGGCCAGAUAUCUUUGACCUUGAAAGAUGCUCUGGAAUCAGGUCUGCUCAACAGAUUCUCUGUCUCUGUUCGUGACAUAAACACUAAAAGUCUGCUUUCUCUAGAUGGCGCUAUUAAUCAAGGUCUGAUUGACCCCGUGACGGGGAUGUAUAGGAAAAGUGAAGAUGAUGAAGUCAUGUUUAAGGAAGCACUAGAAAAAGGAUUAGUGUUUUCAGAUGUGUGUAUACUAGACAAGAGCUUGAUGGAUUCAGUGAAACAAGGUCUGUAUAAUCCCAGAACUUGUAAGUUCACUGACCCAUCAACAGGCAGAGUUCGCACUCUGAAAGAAAUGGUGAGAGAUGAAAAAGUGGAUCCACAGCUUGUGCUAGUGCUAGACAAGAGUGAAAAGCGGCUGCUGUCUUUCGAAGAGGCCAUUGAGGCAAAAGUGUUGGAUGUGAAGCGAGGCUUAGUUGUUGACACUGAAACCGGAGAAUUGCUAAACCUGAAAGAAGCCAUGGGGUGUGGCUUGUUGCAGGAAAACAUCAGUAGCAUCUCGGUAUCACUCAAACAGGCUGUUGACACAGGCCUACUGCACAAAAGCCAAGGAAGGAUUGUUGACCCAUUGUCACGCAAACAGUUGGUUGUAGAGGAUGCUAUCAGUGUGGGACUCAUUGAUGUCUCGUGCUUGUUGGUCAAGAAUCAGGACAAAGAAAGGUAUCAGUUUUUAGAAGAAUCUGCACAUGAUGGCAUUGUUUUCGUGGAUGAUGAUAGUAUUGUUUAUGCUAGAUCAGGAGUGGCAGUAGAUGUUGUCACAGCAUUUGAAAAGAACUUACUUAUUGAGAUUCCUCAGAAUGGAUUCCUGCUGGGUGAUAUUCUUUCAUCAGGUCUUUAUGAUGAGCAGAACAAGAGAUUCAAAGACCCUUUGACUGGAAAAAGUUUGACUCUUACUGAAGCUAUUAGUAGUGGUGUGAUAAAUGCAAAUCACCCCCAGGUGGUUGUUCCAAGUCUUGGGAAAUUUUCUCUCCAGCAAGCCAUCCAGAAAGGCAUUAUAGAUCCAAAUACUGGCGAUUAUAUUGCAUUGGACAAGCCACUGACGCUCUCAGAUGCCAUCUUGUCAGGUCGAGUUUCAGCACUAAGUAGGUCGACCUCAAACCUUACAGCCAGCAGCACCAAGCACUGUCAUUCCAUUGACAAAGGAACACUGAAGGCUUCAUUGAGCGAACCAAUCUUUGAUCUGCGAAAAAGAGAACCAUCCAAAACUGCUGCUAGUUUUCUUUCAUCGAAUGACAAAUUUGCUAAACAGGGGGAGACUUCAGGCACCUUGGAUUCAAUGGUAAGUCAUAAAUAUAGUGUUGAUGAAGAUGGGGAUGGUCAUGACAAAGCAGCUGACUAUGCACAAACAGCAAAGGUGAAGAACUUGAUAAAGAUGCAGAUGAAAAGGAUGAGUGAGUCUUUCAACGAACAGCUACAGGAAGACAGACAGGAUGGACCAACCAGCAUGCAGUCCUCGGUGCUUUCCUUAACCAGCAUGAGCAGCUCAUUUACAAGCAGCUCACUGUCCGUUGCUAAUCAACAAUCCAGAGAGGAAACAUACUACCAGGGUGACAGCACACCAGCCCUCACUGAGUCCAUUGUCAUCACACCUAACCAACCUUUGCACCUGCACAUGAAGUCUCAUUCGGCAGGCAAUCUGUUGGAUGCAGCAGCACUGAGUAAGCGACUGAGCAGGGAGAUGGAAGCUGCUUCCCCAAGCCUGGGGAACAUUCAUCAGAUCAUGAGGCCACAAGAAGCAUCCCAUUUAGACAUGGCAGACCUCCCGGGGUCACAUUGGGCACCCCCUGCAAAUGAGCUGUCAGCUUCACUGGAUUCUCUUAUUCUGGAUGCUAUUCGAAAACAGCAAAUUGAGCAGAAACCAAUGCCCCUUUAUGAUGUCAUACGAAAUGGUUUAUUUGAUGAUGACACAAACAUGUUUUGUGACCCAGAGACUGACAAGAUGAUGGAUUUGCUUGAGGCCGUGUCCACAGGACUGAUUGAUCCAUCUCACAAGGAGGUGAUCAAUCCUGUCACAAAACAGCCAGUCACACUAGCAGAUGCCAUGCAGACAGGGGUCAUUGAUGCUGCUUUAUGCAAAUUUGUAGAUGAAAGCACCGGAGCUCAUCUUUCUUUGCAGCAAGCCAUUGAUGUUGGCUUGAUUUUCAAAGAGAAAGAAAUAAGAAAAGCUCCAGUUGACAUAUUUGUUGAGGAAAUUUUACCUGACUCCACAUCUUCUGGCAGGAAAAAACUAGAAGAAGCAUUCAGCAAUGGCAUUUUGCACAGAUCCAAUUCUCAAGUGAUCGAUCCAGAUAGCAUAAAUGGCAUCACACUCAGGCGUGCCGCCAGUCUUGGCUUGAUAGACGUCAAGACUGGAGAUUUCAAGAAUCCUCAGACUGGCGAAUGCAUGUCCCUAGCUGUGGCAGUGGAGAAAGGGUUCAUACUGAGCCCUAAGGGUCUGACAUUGUAUGGUGCUGUAAAUCAAGGGUUGUACAUUGAUGCUACGGGCCUCUUCCAGCACCCAACCACAGGGGAGACAAAGACCUUACAGGAUUUAAUCAAUGAUGAUAUUGUGUCAUCACUGUGUCCAGAGGUUAAGGAUCUUGCUCAAGACAGUAUUGUAUCCCUUGCAGAAGGAAUUAAACGUGGCAUCAUUAAUGUUGAGAAAGGGCUUUAUAUUUGCAAGAACAAGGCCAAGACCUACAGUUUCAGGGAAGCUGUUGCUGCAGGCCUUAUAGUCAGUACAAGUGCUCGUGAAGGUCUUCCAGAAAUACAACAAAGGCCAAAGCUUUCCUUAUCAUCUGUCCCUUUCUGUGCAAUGAGCUUUGAUGAAAGCAAGGUCAUUAAAAAGGAACCUGGUGAUAGCAUCCAUAGUGUACCCUUCAGAAAGUCUCUCUCUGACCCAGGGCAAGGGGUCAUUCAGAGAGAUCGAAGGCACGAACAUCCUGCUUCCUCUAGUGCAAACCAUGAAGAGUCUGAAAAUGGAAGUAUUUGGAAGGCUUCUGAAAAACAAAAUGCAUCCAAAGAUGUGUGUCCCGAGAGUCUUCUGUCUAGCUGUAGUGAUAAAGACAAUACUGGGUAUACUGAAGGAAUCAAGGCUUUGCAAACUACACAAAAGAUUUUGCCAAAACUCAAAACAGAGGCAGCUGUAAGCCCUCAGAUUUCUCUAUUGACCUUUGAUCAAGAAAAUGAAGACCAGUCUAUGAUGAGAAUAUGCCAUCUACAGAAGAGGCUAACAGUUGAGUCUGAUGGUCUUUCAGGAAACCUGACACCCAGCUUUGAUGUAGCCCCAGAAGUAAUCACUUUGCCUGUAGUGGCUGAGUCUGAAAUUGUUGACAAGCUUGUAAAGCAUAGAAGAGAAGCAACUGAUACAUCUUUAGCUGCAGCCUAUACACAUCCAGAAGAUCACCAUCAUCCAGACACAAACUUCUCAGCAGUUGAUGUUCUCCAUGGUGCACAACACACAGGUAAAGAUGCAGUAGAAGAACUGUUGAAAGCCACUAGUGCUCGUGGAGCUGCUAGGGAAAAGUUGGACAAUGCCGACCAAAAUAACACUCAGGACACAAAGGCUAAACACAAACUGUAUGUGCUGUCGGAGGUUCAAAACUCAGUACCUACCACAUGCCCUUCUCAAAGCAGAGAAAGCUUGCAGAUUGCUAAUAAUACUACUUCUGGGCAAGACUUGAGUGUUACCAAGCCAUACACCACUAAAACAGAGAGAUUGUCACCAAGUGCAGAUCUGCCAGUGUUGACAAAUACAUACGGCAGACAUGAUGAACUUGGUCUAGAUGAAUCUUUGACAGAUGCCUCUCAAUUGCAAGGUCAAAGUGAGGUCUGGCCACUUUCAAGAGAUAUGCAGGGAGCAGACAGGUCUGGUGAGGUUUGGGUAGUUGGAAAAUCUUUGAAGGCCAAGGAGGAGAUGCAGAUGCACAGUGCUGUGUCUUCUGCCCUCAUGGACACAAGAGGCACAAUAACAUCUUAUGAGGAUGUAUUACUCAGCGACCCAAGGAAAGUUGAACAAGCACAGGACUUGCAGAUCAUAAACAGGUCUGAUAAAACAUUACCAUUGAGUAAGUCAUGGGUAGAUAAUUCCCCUCAAAGACAAGAUAAGGUUGUGAUUCCUUCAGUUUUAGUUAGUGCAGACAACCCUCCCAUGGUCUUGGGAUCAGUUGCACCAGAGUUUCAUGGAUCACAGAGUCAGAGGCAGGGAACAGUUUCCCUGCAGUUAGCACUUUUGCAACAGUCAAAAGACGACCUUCACAGUGUCUGUGGUGUAAAUGAAGAGCUGUCCAAUUCAAAAGUGCCAGAAGUGGAAGAGAGCAAAGGAUUUACACCAGAAGGGACUUCAGGCUCCAUUAGUUGGGUUAGGGAUAUUGGUGUCGGCAAACAUAUGGAGGUACGGCAUCUAGAUACUGGGCUUGAGCCAUCUGAAGAGGAAACAGGCAAAUUUCAUAUGUGGGAUCAAAGAACUCGUGCACAUAAUAAUUUACAAGACAUUUUCCUGCCAGGAGAAUAUUGUGAGAUGCAGGUCUUCAGUGGCAGACAAUCAGAAAUACCAGAACUGCAGCCAGGUAGUAAAUUAUCUCCAGAAACAAGAGUGUCAUCAUCUGUGAAGGAGGAAUUGACAGAACGCUCAAAACAGGAAGCAUCUGAUAAACUUUUACAUACCAAAUCCAGCUGUAGAACGAAACCUACUCAUAGAGUUCGCUUCAAAGAGCCAUAUCCGGAGGCUGAUGAAAUUGACAGCAUAGCUUCUACAGACACAACUGACACCACAGAAACAGAAGACAGCGACAGAUUGGGUCACACCCUUCGUGCAGCUGUUCAGAGCAAAGGCCUGGCCUUGGACAAAUCUCAGGGUUCAAUACAACCUGACAGCGAUGCCAGCACUCCAGAGGCUGAGGCUCAGCGCUUGACGGACAUACUUUUCAAACUCAAUCUGAAGACAGGCAGCACAGCCCGCGAACGACGCAAGGGGCGACUGGCAGAUUCCUUUGACAGUAUAGUGCAGGAGCUAAUGACAGAACAAGAACACCUUGGAGACCUUGAGCAGAUUCUUAAGCAUGACUCACAGAUGGGUGAUGAAGCAAGUAAAGUGAAGCUUCAACUCGAGGCUCAUAAGUCCACACAUGAGAAGAUACAGUCUCAACAGCAGCCCAUCUUGUCCUUGGUGUACAAGGCUGAGCAACUGACGGAGAACUACCAAGAAGAACUGACACCAGAGCAAGUGACCCAGCUGACUACACAGGCAUCACUCCUCAAAGCAACACUUGAAAAGGUCAGCAAGACAUCAGAGCGGAGGCUUAGCCACUUGACAAAGGCAGCAGAUGAGCUGGCCAAGUUUGAAGAGGAAUCAAAGAAGUUCAGAACAUGGAUGGGAGCAGCUUUCAGUGAACUGACCAACCAGGAGGACUACCUCAAACGUUUUGAGGAUCUGAAAGUCCUGGGAGAAAAGCACCGGGAGCUUGCAAGUGAUAUUAGCUCACAUCAGGCUGACCACCGCUUUAUGUCCAUGGCUGUCCAAAAAUACAUGGAAGAAGCCAAGCUUUACAAGUUGGAAAUGGACUCAUUUCGAGCUGACAGAGCCCGUCCAGCGAGACACAGCCUGAUCAGCAUGGAAUGUGUUGCUGCUGAUAAUGUCAAAGACAAGCUAACAGACCUUACAGAAGAAUACCAUGAUCUCAGCAAUCGCUGCAACCUCUUGGGUGAUCGUCUAGCAGAUCUUUCUGGCAAACACCGCCAGUUCAAUGAUGUGGCAUUCAAGCUUUUGACUUGGUUGACAGAUAUGGAAGGCCAGCUGUCAUCUGUGAAGCAGGAUGCUGGGUUAUCUGAACCACAACAGCUGCAGGUGCAUUUAGAUCGCCUGAAGUCACUCAGCAUGGAUGCACUGAGUCAGAAGCUGUUGCUGGAUGAGAUGCAGAAACGUGGCCAAGAUUUGACCAACAGCUUAAGUGGUCAGGCUGCUGAACAGCAACAGGUAGCCAAAUUGCAGAGCACCAUGAACGACCUCUCGGUUCGUUACAGUACCCUUACCAAAGAUAUCAAUUCUCAUGUGACACAACUGCAGGCAGCAGUGACUCAUUCACAGGACAUCACUCAGGCCAUGAAUGAACUUGUGUCAUGGAUGGACAGCGCCGAACAGGUAGUCACCACUCAGCUGCCUAUCUCUUUGCGGCGGCCUGAGCUUAAUGCUCAGCUACAAAGUUUUUCCGCUGUGGAUGCAGAUGUAACAAACCACCAGUCAGCUCUCGAUGCGGUGAAGGCACUGGCCAAUGAGCUGGUUAAAACCUGUGAGCUGGACAUCGCCAGAGCUGUGGAGCAGCGCUUGACCUCCCUGGAUGAGAAAUUCAGUAGUCUGCAAGCAAAGUGUAGACAGCGGGACAGAGAUCUUGAAGAGGUGGACAGCAGUCUGCGAGAGUUCCAGGAAAAGCUAGAGCAGACAAACUUAUGGGUGCACGAUGGCAUCUUGCAACUAGACUCUAAAGAACUCAGCAAGUUGUCCAGCGAUGACAUGAAGCAGCAGCUUGAGAAGCUUGCACGUGAGAAGCACAACCGACUGAGGACAAUUCAGGAGAUCCAGGUGGCAGCAGAACAGCUCCUUCAGGAUCCACGUACAGGAGAAGGAGAAGCAGUCAAGAAUCUGGUGUCUGAUCUAAAAAAGAACCUAGAAGCCUUCGAUAGCCUGCUAGCAGCCAAAGAAAAUGAGGCUAGUGACAAGGAACAACAGGGAGCAGACUUUGAGAAUGCUAAGACGAUUGCCUUACUUUGGUUAUCACAGAUGGAAGCCCGCCUAGAUGAGUUUCAGCCUGUGGCUAUUGAUGUUGGCAUUGUAGAACAGCAGAAGAUGGAAUUACAGCCUAUGCUUCAAGAAUAUGAAGACUAUGCUCCAAAAAUUGAUGAAGUAAAUGAUCUUGGAAAUGCGUAUGAGGCUAUGAUCAACCCUGGAGAUCGGCCUAUAAGUCCAAUCCGCCGCAUUGGACGCUCUCGCCGUUUGCCAGGCAUUUUGUCACCCAGACUUCGAUCACCAUCCCCCACUUUUCCCACUUCUCCCUCCACUCAGCGUGCCAGUCCUUUGUCCAGUGAAUCUAGUGGAGUCAGCAGCCGUAAAAGCUCAGCAGAUAAUUUACUGCUCGAUGAUCUAUCAGAAGUACAGCAGCAAUUGCUGGACAUCACUCAGCGAUACGAGAUUGUGGGUGAGCGUUUGGCAGACCGACAGCAGGAGCUGCAGUUGAUGCUGACCUCCAUCCGCACCUUCAUGCAAGACAUGCAGGAUAUACUUCAGUGGCUGGACCUCAAGGACCAUGAAACAGACUCAGCACAGCCCUUGCCCACAAAUGAAAAGGAUGCAAAGAAAAGACUGAAAGAGCAUGAGGUUUUCCACCGUGAGAUACUCAGCAAGGAAGGAUUGGUAGAGGAUAUUCGCAAGAAGGCUCAGGACUUGCUGAAAACGCGACAUGGUGUGCCAGGAGAGGAAAUGCUUCAGCAGCAGCUACAAGAACUUGAUGACAAGUGGCACGGACUGCGAGCUUUGUCAGAGCAGCAGCGUAAAGGCCUGGAAGACAUGGUCAGUGACCUCCGUGACAUGCGUGAGCAUGAACAGCAGCUAACACUGUGGCUUGCUCAGAAAGAUCGGAUGCUGGAUGUUCUUGGUCCUGUUGCCAUGGAGCCCAACAUGCUAGCAUCACAGAUGGAGCAAGUGAAGGUGCUGAGAGAAGAACUUUCUGCACAAGAACCCACUUAUGACCAUUUCCUGAACUGUGCACAUGGCAUUCUUGAACGCUGUGGCGACAAAUCGCAAGAUGGCAUUGCUGUUAGCCGCAGACUGGACACUGUCAGCAAAGCCUGGAAUAAGCUGCAGUCACGCUUAAACGAGCGUUCUAAGAACCUCAGCUCAGUGGAGGGCAUCAGCGUCGAGUUUGCAUCUCUCACUAGAGGGCUUGCAGACUGGCUAUCUGAUUUCAGUGACAAAUUAGAUGGACAGGGGAAAGUUAGCUCGCAACCUGAUAAACAGCACAAACAACUACAAGAAUUGAAGCAACUUGAAUCAGAACUGAUUGUCCAGCAGCCUCGGCUGGCACGGGCACGUGACCUCUGUCGACAGCUUUGUGACAAAGCUAAAGAUGCUUCCACAAAAACAGACCUCCGCAGCAAACUGACUGCCUUAGAAAAAGAUAUGAACGACACAACCAGAAAACUUGAGAUUUGCAAGGCCGCUGUGGAGGAGGCCAGUCAGCAGGCUGAGAAAUUUGAAGCAGACUGCAAAGAAUUGUUGACGUGGAUCAGCGAGGCUGCAAAUAACCUGCAAGAGUCAGAACCCCUCUCCAGUGAUCUAGAUAUCCUCAGAGAGCAGAUGCGCCAGAACAGGACAUUGCAGCAGGAACUUUCCCUGAAAGAACCCGAGAUUCGCCAACUGCUGGAGAAGGGAGAUAAACUUGUGAAAGAGUCUUCUCCCACGACAGAAGUGAGAGCAAUAGCAGAUAAAGUGGGUGAACUUCAGGGUGAGUGGACACGCCUUCAACAAGAGGUGACUGUCCAAGAUUCGCGCCUAACCAUGGCAGGCAGUCAUGCUCAGCAGUUCACAGAGCGUUUGGACAAGAUGGCCAUGUGGCUGCAGAUGACUGAAGAGAAACUGGAAAAAAUGAAACCCGAAGAUGUCGACCAAAAUACUGUAGUCCAUAAACUGAAAGAACUUCAGGGGGUGCAGAAUGAAAUGAUGAAGAAAUCUCAUGACCGUGAAAGACUGAAUAGUGAAGGUACUUCUCUCGUGGAAUGUGUAGACAGUGGCAAAGAAGCCAUUAAGCAACAAGUUGCCGUCAUCAACGAACGCUGGGAUGCAGUUAACAAGGCACUUUCAGAGAGAGCAAGCCAUUUGGAAGACUUGGGCCAGCGCCUUGGAGAGGUACAGGACAGUCUAGCGGAAGCCACCAGUGCAUUGAACAAGUGGGAAAACAAACUUGCUGUGCACAACAGUCUAGGUCUUUCUGCAAAAGACCCUAAACACAUCAACAGAAUCAAAGACCUUCUUGAAGACACAGGCUGGCUAGCAUCACAGCUGAAUAACACGGAAACCAUGCUGAAUAGCAUCGAAGUUGACGGCGGAGAAACCAGCAACCUCAGAGAUGAACUUAACAAGCUCCGUGGCCAGCACCAGACAUUGCAGGGAGAACUCUCAGAGCUGGUGGCAGAAAUGGAAACGGGGGCACAAAUUGUAGAACAGUUUCAGGGCCUGCUGAAGAUUGUGGGUGGCCAGUUUUUGGAGUUAGAAUCAGAACUUGGCAGCAAGACUCCAGUGUCCAGAGAUGAUGCAGAGCUGGGCAGUCAACUAGCAGACAUGAAGGAUUUCCUGACACGGCUUGGGGAAAAAGUGGAGACUCUAAAAGAUCUUGAGCAGCAAGCCAGUAGCCUUUGUAAUGCGGGUUAUGUGUCGGAUCCAGAACUACUAAAAUCACAAGUUGAAGCACUAAGCAACCAGCAUGCUAGUCUGACAGAGCGUGCCACACAGCGCCAGAGUGAUGUGGUAGCUAAUCAGCACAGCAUACAACAUUUGACUCAGGCCCUGAAUCUUGUAUGGGGUGACAUAGACAAAGCCUCCAGCACUCUGGAUGCCAUGGGUCCUGCAGGAGGAAAUGUGACAACAGUCAAAGCUCUGCAGGAGGAGCUCAAGGGUUUUGUUAAGUCCACCAUGGAACCCCUGCAGAAGCAAUUUGAGAGUGUAAGCAGGCAAGGACAAGCACUUAUCAAGACUGCUGUGGCUGGCUCAAAUACCACAGGGUUGGAGACAGACCUUGAGUCUCUGGCUGAAAGGUGGGCAGGGCUUGUUGAAAAGGUUGCUGAGCAUGAGAAGAAUCUGGACAGCGCUCUUCUUCGAACAGGCAAAUUUCAGGAUGCAAUGGCCUCUUUGCUGGACUGGCUUGCAGAGACUGAAGAGCUGGUAGCUAUGCAGAAGGCACCAUCACCUGAACAACGUGUUGUCAGAGCCCAGCUUCAAGAACAAAAACUGGUGCAGAAAAUGGUGACUGACCGCACUCCCAGCAUGAAGGCUGUUCAAGACUCGGGCAACCAGUUGAUCACUGGUCUGGACCCUGCUGAGCGCAAACACAUUGAAAGUGAACUCCAGCAACUAAACAGCAGGUGGGAGGCGCUAACCAAGCGAGUAGUUGAUCGGACAGCCAUUUUGGAGGAGGUGCAAGGGUUAGCUGGGGAGUUCCAGGAUGUCCUUGACCCACUGACCACAUGGCUUGAUGCUGCUAACAAAAGGUUUACAGCCCUGGAACCUCAUUCACCUGAUGCGGAGGGCAUUGAACAUCUUAUUCAAGAACUUAAAAAACUUCAAAAAGAGGUGAACGAGCAUGAGCCCGCUAUGAAACAACUGGCAACAGCUGGCAAGAAGUUGCAAGAUUAUUGCAAAGGAGAAGAUGUGAUAAUGAUCCAGUUAAAGAUAGAUGGGGUUCAGAAACAAAAUGGUGAGCUGCGUUCACACAUUGAAGACUGCCUUGAACAGAUGGAAGAAGCACUUCCUCUUGCAAAGCACUUCCAAGAAGCCCAUGCUGAAUUCCUUUCUUGGGCUAGCAAAGUUGAGCCUGAACUUCGUGCACUUGAGCUUGGUGUUCCUGAUGAAGAAACGAAUAUUGAGGAACUGGCGAACCAGCUAACAGAGGAAAUGCAACCUCUGCUCGACAUCAUUAAUUCUGAGGGAGCUGAACUGGCUGAAGUUGCUCCCGGUGAUGCUGGCCUGCGUGUUGAGGACAUCAUCAACAGGGACAAUAAGCGCUUUGACAACUUGCGUGACCAGAUUGAGAAACGGGCUCAGAAAGUUCAGUUAGCACGUCAACGAUCAUCAGAGGUGGUAAAUGAACUUGGUGACCUAGUAGACUGGUUCGUAGAUGCAGACAGCAGGCUGCAAAAUCAGCAGCCAAUUGCUUCAGACCUUGAUCUUCUGCAGCAACAGUUGGCAGAGCAAAAGGUUAUGAAUGAGGAGAUCAAUAACCAGAAGGUCAAAGCUAGAGACACAUUGUCAGCUAGCAAGAAGCUGCUUAGUGACAGUGCCAUGGAGGACAACUCUGCAAUCCGUAACAAGAUGGAUGAACUCAAGCAGUGGGUGGAUACAGUCAGUGGUUCUGCCAAUGAACGGCAGUCUUUGCUGGAACAAGCAGUCCCAUUUGCACGACACUUCCAUGAGGCUCACACAGAACUUGUUGUAUGGCUGGAUGAUGUUGAGCCAGUACUCAGCGAGCUUGAUGUACUCUCAGUUGAUGCAGAUCAGGUGAAGAAACAGCAGGAAAAGGCCAAGGUAUUGAAGCAAGAAGUUGCUGAUAGGAAGCCAAUUGUAGAUCGUCUCAACAAAACGGGCACAGCACUGGUUGCCAUGUGUGGCAGUAAGGGAGCAGAACAAGUACAGUCGAUGUUAGAUGACGACAACCGCCGCAUGGACAAUGUGCGAACCAAGGUCCGCGACCGUUCCAACUCUAUAGACCAGGCCAUGCAGCAGUCUGCUGAGUUUACAGACAAACUUGAAAAUAUGCUAGACACCCUGACUGUCACAGCAGAGCAGGUGAGAAGUGCUGAGCCUAUCUCUGCACAGCCUGACAAACUGCGUGAGCAGAUUGAGGAGAAUAAGGCAAUGGAAGAAGACCUUGAAAUGCGCCAUAAUGCCCUUGAAUCAGUAAAAAAUGCAGCUGAGGAGCUCCUACGACAGGCUGGGGAUGAGCAGGAUGAGGCAGUGAAAGAUGUCCGACAAAAGCUGGAAGAAUUAACUAAGCUGUACAAAGACAUCCAGGAGCGAGGUCGAGGGAGACAACGGGCUUUGGAGGAGACUCUUGCUGUGGCAGAGAAGUUCUGGGAUGAACUACAUGCUCUUAACUCUUCCCUUAAAGACUUGCAGGAGGCCCUCUCGUCUGUAGAUCAGCCAGCAUUGGAACCUGAGGCUAUACGUGAGCAACAGGAGGAGCUUGAGGCACUCAAGGAAGACAUAGAGGCUUCCCAGGCAGACUUUGAGGAGGUACAGCAGACAGGCGAUACACUGCUAGGAAUGGUUGGCACCACAGAGCAGCCAGAAGUGCAGAAGAACGUGGAUGAUGCUGGAGCCAGUCUGGCUGCCAUUAGUGACCAGUAUAGUAAGCGUUCCCAAGAACUGGAGUCUGCACUGGCACAGGCUGUUCACUUCCAGGACCAGCUUAUGAAACUCCUUGUAUGGCUUCAAGAAGCAGAAGACGAGUUUAGUGAAUUUGAACCAGUGGCUUCAGAAUUUGAAACAAUCAAGAAACAAUGGGAUGAACUCAAGAAUUUCAAGACUCGAGUGGAGCCCAAAAAUGUGGAGAUUGAAUCACUGAAUCAACAUGUAACAGAACUGACAAAAAGCAGCACUCCAGAGCAAGCAUCUGUUUUGCGUGAACCAAUGACUCAGCUCAACAUUCGCUGGAAUAACUUGCUGACCAAUAUUGGUGACCGCCAGAGAGAACUACAGAUGGCAUUGUUGACAGCAGGCCAAUUUGACCAUGCCCACAAAGAGCUGAAGAACUGGAUGGACCUAGUAGAUGUUACAUUAGAUGAAAUAACACCUGUCUAUGGAGAUCCGAAGCUUGUGGAGAUUGAACUGGCAAAACUGAGGAUUGUACAGAAUGACAUCACAGCUCAUCAAGAGAGCGUGGAGUCUAUUAGUAAGGAGGCACAGCGAUUGAUGACAUCAGAAGGUAUCGCACAGGCUCAGGGACUAAAGACAAAGAUGGAGGACAUGGAAAAAACAUGGGAGAAUAUUCAAGCCAAGUCCCGUGCUAAACAAGACAUGCUUGAAGAUGGUCUGAGAGAGGCUCAAGGAUUCACUGGAGAACUACAGGAUAUACUGGCGAAAAUCAAUGACAUCGAAGGCCAGCUUAUCAUCUCCAAACCUGUGGGUGGUCUGCCUGAAACAGCAAAAGAACAGUUGGAGAAGUUUAUGGAUGUGUAUGCUGAGUUGGAAAAAUUGGAACCACAAGUCCAGAGCCUGAAUGUAAUGGGAGAGAAACUGGGAGGUAAAAGCAAGGGACCUGCACUUGCAAAUCUGAGACAAAACCUGCAACACCUUAACCAGCGCUGUGACUACAUUCGCAGCCGGGCCUGUGACAGAAAGAAAAAACUGGAAGAUGCAGAGGGUAUGGCUACCAAUUUCCAUGGGGAAUUGAACAAGUUCAUAUCCUGGUUGACUGACACAGAGAAAACCUUAAACAACCUGCAGCCUGUCAGUCGCCUAGUGGAACGUGUGACAAGCCAGAUUGAAGACCAUCGAGAUCUACAGAAAGACAUCAGCAAGCACAGAGAGGCCAUGGUUGCAUUGGAAAAGAUGGGAACACAUCUGAAGUACUUUAGCCAGAAACAAGAUGUUGUUUUGAUCAAGAAUCUCCUCUCCAGUAUCCAGCACCGCUGGGAGAAGAUUGUCUCGCGCAGCGCUGAACGCACAAGACACCUGGAGCGUGGAUAUAAAGAAGCAAAGCAGUUCAAUGAUACUUGGAAAGACCUUAUCACAUGGCUUAUUGAAGCGGAGAAAACUCUAGAGACAGAAACUUCAGUGGCCAACGAACCAGACAAAAUCAAAGCCCAGAUCAGCAAACACAAGGAGUUCCAAAGGCGCCUUGGAGCCAAGCAGCCUGUGUACGAUGGUGUGAAUAAAGCUGGUCGCUUGCUGAAGGAGCGUUGUCCCUCAGAUGAUGUACCAACCAUUCAAGCCAUGCUAACAGAACUCAAGUCCCACUGGAAUAAUGUGUGCAGCAAGUCUGUUGACAGGCAACGCAAGCUAGAAGAAGGGCUGUUGCUGUCUGGACAGUUCACAGAAGCACUGGAUGCCCUUCUUGACUGGCUGGCCAAAGUGGAGCCAGCACUGGCUGAUGAUGCACCAGUCCACGGAGACAUAGACACUGUCAAUGGCUUCUUAGACAUCCACAAGGCCUUCCAACAAGAGCUGGGAGCUCGAACCACAACUAUCGCCUUCCUACAAAAGUCGGCCAAGGAAAUAAUCAGCAGAGCAGAAGGAGAUGUUUGCAGUCUGCAGUCGGACCUCAUUGAACUGAAUGCUGCUUGGGACCGUGUAUGCAAACUAAGUGUGAGCAAGCAGGAUCGCCUGGAGCAUGCCCAGAGAUUGGCGGAGGAGUUCCACAAAAAAGCCCAACAGCUGCUUAGCUGGCUGGCUGAUGCUGAGCGACAGCUACAUUACAGGGGACCUAUCCCAGACGAAGAGCCACUCAUCCUACAACAAAUGGAGGAGCACAAGAAAUUCGAGGAAUCAUUGCUACGGCAGGAAGCAAACCUGCGAGAGACGCUUAAUAUUGGUCAGGACAUCAUGAAGCGAUGUCAUCCUGAUUCAGUCCCUAUCAUGAAGCAAUGGCUUUCUGUGAUCCGUGCACGCUGGGAAGAGUUAACAGCUCUUGGCCGGCAGCGCAGUGCCAGACUUUCUAAUGGACUUACAGACCUGCGACACAAUAAUGUACUGCUGGAGGAUCUACUGGCAUGGUUGAACAAUGCAGAGAUGACGCUGGCCGAUGUUGAUCGACAGACCAUUCCUCAGGAUAUGGCCAUCAUCCAACAGCUCAUCAAAGAGCACCAGGAUUUCCAGAAUGAGAUGUCCUCCAGGCAACCAGAUGUAGACCGUCUGACCAAGGCAGACAAGCGGCGCCCAUCAUCUGUGACGCAAGACUCUUUGUCUCACAUCCCAGUGCUUAAGGCCGGCAUGCGUACUCCCAGAAAAAUACCUGUGAGAAUUAGUGGAAGAACCACACCAGACAGAUUUGGAAGAUACACGCCAGAACAUUUUGGUCGAAGAACACCAGAUCACUACACAUCAGGACGAUACACUCCUGAUGCUACAGGCAGAGGUACACCAGAACCACAGUUCCGAAAUCCACGAGUUGGAGCAUUGUUCAACAAGUGGCGUAAUGUGUGGCUAGUGGCGAUGGAGCGACAACGUAAGCUACAAGAUGCUCUUGACCACAUGAAUGAGCUGGAACGGCUCAAAAACUUUGAGUUUGAAGACUGGCGCAAACGAUACUUGCGCUGGAUGCAUCACAACAAAGCCCGCAUUAUGGACUUUUUCCGUCGCCAAGACCGAGACCGUGAUGGUCGUGUUACCCGCAAAGAGUUCAUCGAAGGCAUCAUAUCAUCCAAAUUCCCUACAUCUAAACUGGAGAUGGAGAAGGUUGCUGAUAUUUUUGACAAAGAUGGUGAUGGAUUUAUAAAUUACAAGGAGUUUGUGGCAGCACUUCGACCAGACAGAGAGGUAAAACCAGAGACAGACUCAGAACUCAUCCAGGAUGAGGUCCGGCGACAGGUGUGCAAGUGUACCUGUAUCAAACAGUUCAGGAUCCACAAGAUAGGCGAGGGCAAAUAUCGAUUUGGAGAUUCCCAGAAGCUGCGACUGGUUCGAAUUUUGCGCAGCACUGUCAUGGUGCGCGUGGGUGGUGGCUGGGUGGCCCUGGAUGAGUUCCUUGUAAAAAAUGAUCCCUGCCGAGAGUUCCAGUCUAUUGGCCUCUGGCGGCGCAAAUUUCGCUUAAAAAGACGAUUUCUUCAGCCGGAAGACCCCAAAGGCCGCACUAACAUGGAGCUACGAGAAAACUUCAUUCUAGCCUCAGGAGUUAGCCAGUCUAUGACUGGCUUCAUCACCAAGAGUCCUGCAGGAAGUUCACAAUCAGGUAGCUCCACCUACUCUGGCACCGGCAACUCCUUGAGCGGUCGGUCUGGAUCCUCCCUAGGCCCUAUCACCAAGAUUCGAGAAAAAACCCAGUAUCCUUCACCAUGGAAACAGCGAACUAGGGCAAGUCCUGAUGGUGAGGUCACACAAAUUAUGUCUAAGACAGAACCUGAUGGACUCAGAAUCACCAAAACAAAAGUAACUCGGGAUAUCCGCAGCCCUAGGAACAUCAGCAGUCCAGUGAGUCAAACUUCCAGUCACGCCAGCACUGGAACAGGCAGCAGGCCUGAGAGUCGGACAGGCAGCAGGCCUGAGAGUCGGACAGGCAGCGAAGGCUCCGAUGAGCGUGACCAAGAGGUAUUCACCACCAUGCAGACUGAGAAACGCAGUGUUGGUGGCCGCAAGGACACAACCUUGACCUACCAGACCCACGUUGUUGAAACACGUACUGUCACAUUACCUACUGUCACACACACUAAGAUUUCACGGAUUCCCAGAAGUUCUCCUGCCAAGAAGAAAUGAUCUUGUUUUUUAACAGAGGACUGUCAAAUUAGAACAGUUUUCUUCUUUAUAGUGAUUUUUCUUUUCUUACCUCUGCAAGUCUUUCAUGAAACAGAUGAGAGGUAUGUGCUUGGAAUAUGAUAUGCAUCUGUUUAUGACUUGGAGCUGCCAGAGAAGACCACGCCUCACUCUUGCUAAUCUCCCCUUGUCUCCCUUUGAGAGACUCCCCAUUCCCUUCACCCCCUCCACCAUGCACAUGCAGAUCUGCCUCCUUCCCAUUUGCCUGCUCCCAAGCUAAAUGUGCAGAGGACUGUUCGAUGUUGUGCACAGUGCCAACACCCUCCUGUUUGUGCCUCCAAACAAGAGUGGCUGGCUCCAGGUGUUACUGUUUGCUUGUUACCAAUGGCUCGUGUUCCAAAGUGCUUCAGCUGAUCAAGUGAUUAUCCAGCCAGGUGGCUGUGCUGGCAACUUGGCUGCAAUGAAUAUUUAAGGAGAAUUAUUUAUUGUUAUUGUCUUGUUUGACACACAAUCAUGCUGAGGUGGCAAAUGUAUGGUUCAUGUUUUGUUUGAAGGGGUAGGUGUCUUAGUGUGGAAACAUUGACAAAAAGCAUGAUGAAGUAUAAAUUGACUACUGCAACAUAGAUAAGAAUGAGACCAAAGGUUGCUGCUGCUACUAAAUUGUUUUACCGAUGUUUCUGUGGUCUGCUUUCUUAUCUGUGUUUGGUAGAUUUUUAUCCACACUAGAUGAUUCCUUCGUUUUUGUUUUUUUCCUUACUUGGUGUACAAAGCAUUUUUCGGAUCAUGGUGGCGAUGUACUGGAUGUGUGUGCACAUGUGCUGCUUGCAUUAGAAAUGGCAAAGAGCUUUACAUAUUGUGAUUAGCCACUGAACAAGAGAAAAAUUGUGCUGGAUUAGCUUGGUGCUAAGCUUGAUGAAAUGUGAGAAUGUGGAUUCCGGCAGACAUGCAGGUAUGUGGAUGCUAAACGGUUGUGUUUUCCUUGACCAUGAUGACCAAUAAAUGUGCACAUUGUGCAGAAAAAGCCGAAGCACAUGGUGCUUUUUUCACAAUGUGCAUUGCAUGUUUUUCUAGCCUAGUUCAUUUCUAUAUAAAAUGAUCAUAUUAUAUUUCUUCUUACAAGAGUAUGUUGGUGUGUUUGAUUUUUCCUUAUUUUUUAAAACCACAGGUACGAAAUAUCUGUUGACAGAUAAUAUAUCACAUGUAUUGGUCAGUUUUUUUAAGGCUAGGCUUUACAUAGUUUUGAUGUCACUUACCAAGUUACAUCACUUAAGGCUUACAUCUAGUUUACACGUAAGCAUUUUCAAAGAAUUCACUUUUUUUCCCCUUCUUCAACAUAUAUUUUUGUUUCCAUUUUCCAUUGUUUUUUAAAACAAACUUUUUUAAGGCUUAAAUAUAGUGAAAAGUACCCUUUACUGUGUGAUAUCUCAACCAGUUUGUAGUAAAAAAAUAAGAAAUAUAAUGGUGCAUGCAUGAUUAACUUGUAAAUGUGUUUAAUCAGUGCCAUCAACUGUACAGGAAUACCUUCAGAUUAACUUAUUUUUUACCUAUAUGUGUUAACAGUUUUUUGUAGCUAUUAUUCUUUUGCCCAUCAGUUCAUCUCAAUGUAAAAUUGAAUUUGAGAAAGGAUAAUAUAUUUCUUCAAUACCAUUCCUUUUCAUGUAUGAAAAGACGCUGCUGUGUGUUUGUAAUGGAAGCAAGCGCUGGCUAUGACACCAAAUCGUGUUGAUAUGUUCAUCGGCUGUCUUCAUUAUCAUUUUCUAUUAGCUUACAGCUUAACUGCAGUUGCUGUACAAGUCAUUAUUGGCAGGCUGCAUAAUACUGUAGAAAUUUCACCUAAUUAUAUUGGUUUUGUAUGGCCUUGCACCUCUGGGUGUCAGAAUAAUGUGUAAGAAAUAAAAUGCAAAGAAUCUCA